GUACGUGUCGGAGCAGGAGAGAGUAAAGCGGUUGUUAUACCGAGUACGCUUUACCUCGGUCAGAGAGUAUGGACGUUGUAUAUACUAUACAACGUACAUAGAUAUAUGUAUAUAUAUACGUAGACGUAAUAACUCCCCGUGGAACAGUGGGGGGUCAUGCAAGGAGGGCAUACGGACCGUCGACGGAAGUAGGAGGGACAUAAGACGGGACAGCUUACAGGUCCCUUCUAGGAGUGUCUCGUUUGCCGUUGUUCAAAGACCAAGUAAACUCGAAAUUGGAUCGUGGUGCGCGGUGUUCGCACGAAAGGAAACGACCGACCGAGAGUGAACUCCGUUGCGGAACUUUCGUGGGAAAGUGACCAGCGGGAAGGAGUGAAUUAAUUAUUAUACAGUAUGCACUUGUAAAAUCGAGAUUCUUUAUUUACUUUUUCGCGUAUAUAGGAAAUUCGGUGAUUGUACUUAUUUGAGCAGUACAGUGCCGAUAUAGUGAAUAGUAUUAUAGAUUGAGAAUUGUGAGGUACCAUAUCGUGCCUUUCGAGAUUGUGACAAUUAAUUUAUUUGAUUUUUAGUGAUUUCAAUUUUAUGGGUCUCCAUUAGAAAGUUUUCUUUAAGUAUUUUGAAUUUUGUAAUUUAAAAUAACUAUAUGUAACAUAAAUGCGCGUAUUACAAUUGGUAAGGGAACCGGCUGUAUUUUACCUGCACGGCCGUAAGCCUUACGUAUACGCUAAGGUACAUUGGACUCAUCGCUACUAAAGGAAGUUCUGGGACAGAUUGUUCUUAAUAAAGUUCGAUUGGGUUGUCUUUCAAUAAUAAUGGAAGGAGCUCAGGACAAAUGGACGCCUGCAGAUACGUCAUCGGGCACCUCUACGACGACGAUUAUAUUCGUGAAAAUUGGUGCUAUGAUUGUACUGGGAUGCGGUUCACUUGCACUUGGCACGUUACCCCUCAUGGUAGGACGUUACAAAAUGCGACGCGAGUGCAAAAUAUCCAGGAACUCCAGUUCUUCCUCGAGUCCGUCGACAAAUGGUUCCAGUUCUUCACAAGAGAAGCUCAAGGAUGCCGAAGAGAACUCGAAAUCCAAUGAUACUCGACAGGGUCUUCUGACGUCGCUGCUACUCUGCUUUGGAGGUGGUGUUCUACUCUUCACAACAUUUAUUCACCUCGCACCGGAAGUCCGGGAAAGUGUGGAGAGACAUCAGUCCGAAGGACAGCUGGCUGACCUGGGUUCAAUCAGCUUGGCAGAACUUCUCUUCUGUGGUGGAUUUUUCUUGGUCUACCUCAUAGAAGAGGUCGUGCAUGCAGCUCUGGAUAAGAAAAAUGAGCCCUCCGAAUCCGUGCUCUACAGGACAUUGUCAUUACGUAAAUGCAAAAAUGGAGUAUCAGCAAGUACCACUACUACAUCCACUACCUCGGGUGCUGGAGGAGAAGACAGUCUGGAGUCUCUCGAUGGUGUUACUAAGAUGGGAUCGUCUAUACCUGCCAUCUUUACUUUAUCAUCCGACAUAUGCGAGGGUCCUGGGGCAUGUACAAAAAAAUCUACAAAUUCCCUAAAUCCCAGUGAACGAAUGUCACGCGAAACCGACGUGGUGAUACCAAGUAGUACGAAAGCACCGUCUACCAAUGACAACGCUUCUGUGCACGGUCUACUUGCCGUCUUGGCUCUGUCAUUUCACGCAAUAUUCGAAGGCCUCACUGUAGGCCUGGAACCCUCGAUAUCCUCUGUAAUAUACUUAGCAACUGCGAUAGCCACGCACAAGCUGGUGAUUGCCUUCUGCGUGGGUAUGGAACUCUAUGUAGCUGGUGCUACCACCAGGAACAUCCUAGGCUACCUAACAGCAUUUUCAAUGGUGACACCUCUUGGAAUAAUCAUUGGCCUCGCGCUGGCAUACUUAAAGAACGACAGUGAGUACCUGGGGCCUACACCGACCAUCCUACAAGGCAUGGCAGCUGGAACCUUACUCUACGUCGUUUUCUUCGAGGUGCUUGCUCGUGAAAAAGCUAAUGAGAAGAGUGGACUACUUCAAUUAGCAGCCAUCAUUGUUGGAUUUAUGGUCAUGCUGGGAAUACAGCUUGCCACAUCCCACUCUCACGCACAUGGAGGCGGUGGAAAUCAGAGAAGUGAACACAAUCAUGGUCGUGAUGAUGACAAUCAUAAUCAUGAACAGGAAAACGGACAGUACAAGAACACUCUCGACGAUGCUAUUUACAGAUUAACAGAGAAAAUGACUGAGGUUGUUUCAAGCACAAUUGCAUCUACGAUAUCCGAUGUGCAUAGUUAAAAGAAUCAAAUGAUAACAGUACCGAAUGACUAACGGAAAAUAAAGUUCACGGAGAAACAGGGUCGAGAUUUAUAAUAUAAAAUCACUAGUCGGACGAGACUACGUAUUUCUCAAUCAGGAUGAUAUAUUCUACAGAGUAAAAAACAUUCACGUGAUGAAAUAUUAUACGACAUAGUUGUACUACGACAAUCGUGCAACACAAAAUUGGUUCAUACCAACAACUAUCGUGUUUCGUGUUCAUCGUCGAGAUUUAUGACUGAAUCAAUUUUGAAGUCAGUAUACCCUCAAUUUACCUUAUCAAAGAUUAGUCGGGAGUGAUAAAUGGAUUGACGGAUUUGGGACUCUGGCAGGUUCAAUGAACCACAACUUUAGUGCUGCUUCUGUUCAAUAAUUGAAAUACAUACGUACGUCGAGUAUCUGUACAAUAAUGUAACUCAUUUUUGGUAUAUUAUUAAAUUUCGCAGAUCUUUCUAGUAA